GUCACGUCAACAAAAUAAAAGUUAUUAAUGUCAUUCUUAUUUCCUUGAUAUAAUUCAUAGUGAUUUGAAGUGAUUUCCACUUUUUGGGUGUAAAAUUGGAAUAGUACAUACAUAAAAUCAAGUGUAUCAAAAAUGGAAGUCAAAGAAGAAAUUACCGAGGAAACGUUUAAAAUAGAGAUAGAGUAUAAUGAUUUGGAUGGCGAUGGUUUUAAAUGUGAAGUUCAGGAGUCUAGUAGGGAAAGUACUCAUGGUCCAUAUGAUUCUUUAGACUUUGAAACAAAACCAUUUGAAGAAAACCAAAAAUCUGAAAAAGAGAAUCCGGUCACAGUGCCCGGAGUGUAAAAAACUGAUCCUGGAAAAGCGGGGCCUCAAGAAACAACAUCCUGCCACAAGCGAUGAGAAAAGGAUGGGUGAAAACAUCUAGGGCCAGGAAUCAGACAGCGUAUGGGUCAACUCCAAGAUGAAAGCAAGUUGGAAAUUGAGGAGAAAGUCAUUGAAGAUUCAUCUCACGACGAAAAUGACACGAGACACACGGAAGGAGAAAGUUUAAAUAGACAUAUGACAGUUGUGACUGGAAAAAGACCUUAUAAAUGUGAAAUUUGUUUUAAGCAGUUUCGCCAAGCAGAUCAUUUGAAGAGACAUUUGAAUGUGCACGUUGGGAAAAAACCUCAUAAGUGUGAAAUUUGUUUUAAACAGUUUGGUGAAGCAGGUACUUUAAAAAGACAUUUGAGAGUGCAUACUGGGGAGAAACCUUUUAAGUGCGAGAUUUGUUUUAAGCAGUUUUCUCAUGAAUUUAAUGUGAAAAACCAUUUAAGAACACACACUGAGGAAAGACCUUACAAGUGUGAGAUUUGCUUUAAACAGUUUAAGGAAGCAGGUACUUUAAAAGCACAUUUAAGAACGCACACUGGAGAAAAACUUUACAAGUGUGAAAUUUGUUUGAAGCAUUUUGCUCAAGCAGUUGGUUUGAAAACACAUUUGAGGGUGCACACUGGGGAAAAACCUUACAAGUGUGAGAUUUGUUUUAACCAAUUUACCACAGCAAGUUAUUUGAAAAGUCAUUUAAGAACUCACACUGGAGAAAAACCUUACAAGUGUGAGAUUUGUUUUAAUCGGUUUAACCAAAUAAGUAUUUUGAGAAUACAUUUGAGAACUCAUACUGGAGAAAAACCAUACAAGUGCAAAACUUGUUUGAAGCAAUUCAGAGAACUAGGCACUUUCAGAAAUCAUUUAAAAACACACACUGGAGAGAAACCUUACCAGUGUAAAAUUUGUUUUAAGUCAUUUUCUCGAACAGAUAGUUUGAAAACACAUUUGAGUGUGCACACUAGGGAAAAACGUUAUAAGUGUGAAAUUUGUUUUAAGCAGUUUAUUUUUGCAACUUCUUUGAACAGACAUUUGAAUCUGCACGCUGGGGAAAAACCUCACAAGUGCGAGAUUUGUUUUAAGCAAUUUAGUGAAGCAGGUGGUUUGAAAAGUCAUUUAAAAAUUCACACUGGAGAAAAACCUUACAAGUGUGAUAUUUGUUUUAGGCAAUUUAGUGAUGCGGGUAGUUUGAAAAGACAUUUGAGAGUACACACUGGAGAACGACCUCACAGGUGUGAAAUUUGUUUUAAGCAAUUUAGUCAUAAAACUUCCUUGACAAGACAUUCGCUAGUGCACACUGGGGAAAAACCUUACAAGUGUGGGAUUUGUCUUAAGCAGGUUUCUGAUUUGAACAGUCAUUUAAGAACGCACACUAGAGAAAAACCGUACAAGUGUGAGAUUUGUCUUAGGAAAUUUAGUUUAGCCAGUAGUUUGAAAAGACAUUUAAGACAGCACACUGGCGAAAAACCUCACAUGUGUGAAAUUUGUUUUAAGCAAUUUAAUCUUAAAACUUCCUUGAAAAAUCAUUUGCAAGUGCACACUGGGGAAAAACCUUACAAGUGUGAAAUUUGUUUUAAGCAAUUUACCGCAGCAAGUUAUUUGAAAAGUCAUUUAAAAAUUCACAAUGGAGAAAAACCUUACAAGUGUGAGAUUUGUUUUAAGCAGUUUAUUAAAAAAUAUGAUUUGAAAAAACAUUUGAGAGUGCACACUGGAGAGAAACCAUACAAGUGUGAAACUUGUUUUAAGCAGUUUAUUCAUGCAAGUUCUUUGAAAAGACAUUUGAAUGUGCACGCUGGGGAAAACGUGUGAAAUUUGUUUUAAGUAGUUUUCUCACAAAUAUAUAACAGCACUACAAGUCUUAGAGGCCCUUGGCUUCGAUAGUCUUGACUAAUUUCUUCCAUUUUUUGCGGUCCUGUACUUGUCCUCUCCAGUCUCUUGUACCCAUUUCUUCUAGGUCAGUCCGGACUGCAUCAAACCAUUUCCUUCGUGGUCUCCCUCUUCUUUUCUUCCCUUGUUCUCUUGCUGAUAAAACUCUUAGGACGUUUCUUUCUUGUGGCAUUCGUAAAACAUGACCCAACCAUUUAACUCUCUGUGCCUUGAUUUUCUGAGUUAUUUUAGGUUUCUUAUACAUCUCCAUUAGCUCCUGGUUUGUUCUUCUGCGCCAUUCCCCGUUAGCCUCCUUUAUACCACCAAAAAUUUUUCUCAAUAUUUUUCUCUCCCAAAUUUUUACCUUUUUUUCUACUUUCUUGUUCAUUGUUCAAGUUUCACAUGCAUACAACAUUGUUGGUCUCACUAUUGUUUCAUACGAUCGGAUCUUGGCUGCCCUCGACGGACACGUCUUUUGCCUUCAACAGUGCGUUUAAUGAGCAUAUUGCUUUGCUACCUUUUAACAACCGUUUAUCUAUCUCUCUCUUCGUCUCCUCUCUUUGUAACUGUUACUCCAAGGUACUCAAAUUCAGUUACCUUCUCAAAUUUAUAAUCUUUGUCAUUUGUCUUUAGAGUAAUCCACUUAUUUUAUUCAGCUUUUUCUCCUCUCCUUUCCAUAUACUUGGUUUUUCCUUGGUUUAUAGUCAGGCCAUAUUUUUUGCUUCUUCAAAUUGCUUGAACAUUUUUUUAAGUUUUAUUCUUGAACGUGUCAGAAACACCAAGUCAUCAGCAAAACCUAUACACUGUUGUCUUCUGUUAAGAAUCGUGCCGCUUGUCUGGAUAUUGGCACAUCUAAUUAUUUUUUCUAGUACUACAUUGAAUAAGUCUGUUGACAGGGGUCCCCUUGUUUUAAUCCUAUGUUGACGUUAAACUGAUUUGAAAAGCUGCCUUCUAUCAUGACUAUUGACUGUGUUGGUUAACGUCAUUUUAACUAAUCGUAUCAGUUUCUCUGAUAUUCCUAGUGCUCUCAUUGCUUCGUAUAGCCCGUUUCGUGAGAUGGAGUCGUAAGCCUGUUUAAAAUCUAUAAAGAGCAUAUGCAAGCCUAGGUUUUGUUCAUAACUAUUGUUUUGUAAUAACUUUAGCAAAAAAAUUUGAUCGGUUGUUCCUCUUCCCUUUCUGAAACCAGCCUGGUAUUUUCCUAUUAUCUCUGAUUCAUAAGCUUUCAAUCUAGUUCUUAUAAUUUUUGCUAAUACCUUACACCACUUCUAACAGUGCGAUUCCUAUGUAAUUUUCACAUAAUAUGGUCUUAUCACCUUUCUUGUGAAUUGGGCAGAUGAGUGCUGUGUUCCAUUGCUCCGGCAUUUUUUCGUUAUCCCAUAUUUUCAUUAUAAGCCCAGCUAUUUUCUGCUGCAGUAUAUUUCCUCCUACCUUUAAUAUCACUGCUGGCACUCAGCUUUCUCCGGCACUUUUAUUAUUUUUUAGGUCUUUUAUUACUGUUAUUAUCUCCCUUUCUGUCGGUGCUUGUGUUUGUUGUGGUUCCGCUUUUUGUAUUUGUUUUUGUUCGAUUUCUUGCCCUCGCUGUUGCAUUUCUGUUUCUUUGGACUUCUUUUUGGACAUAGUUUUCUUCUAUUAUUUCUAGUUGCUUUUCCAGUGAUUUUCUCUUCUUUUGCCUACAUAAUCGCUUAGCUUCUCUUCUUUUGUCUUUAUAAUACUUUUUACUUUUUUCUGUGUUGUUUCUAAUAUUUUCCAUUUUUGCGUUGUUUCUCUGCUCUAGAAUUCUUUUGCAGUCCACAUCAAACCAUUAUUCUCUCUUUUCUUUUUCUGCUUUCGCAAUGCUAAGGUCUGCCGCUUCUAUCACAGCUGCUUGUAUUAGUUCCCAUUCCUCUUCUAUGUUCCCGGUCGUGAUUCUUUCCAAUCUCUUGUUUAUCUCUUUAGUAAAGCCAGUAGUUUGAAAAGACAUUUAAGACAGCACACUGGCGAAAAACCUCACAUGUGUGAAAUUUGUUUUAAGCAAUUUAAUCUUAAAACUUUCUUGAAAACUCAUUUGCAAGUGCACACUGGGGAAAAGCCUUACAAGUGUGAGAUUUGUUUUAAGCAAUUUACUGCAGCAAGUUAUUUGAAAAGUCAUUUAAGAAUUCACACUGGAGAAAAGCCUUACAAGUGUGAGAUUUGUUUCAAGCAGUUUAUUCAUGCAAGUUCUUUGAAAAGACAUUUGAAUGUGCACGCUGCGGAAAACGUGUGAAAUUUGUUUUAAGCAGUUUUCUCACAAAUGUUUUUUGAAAAUAUGUUAUGAGUACCUACAUUUAUUUAUUUAUUAAGCUUAAGGGCACCCGAAGUCCCAUUUAACGACAAUGUUAACAUUAUGUCACAUGGCUCUGUAACCAUAGCACUUAUAGACCUAAUUUUUUGUUUAUUUUGAAACUAGAUGAUUGUUUAGUGCCGCGUAGAUUUAUGUAAAGUUAGAGUGAAAGAAACAUUUAUUUUAAAUUUUUUUAAAAUACUCUUACAAAAAAACCCAAAAAAGUUUAGAUUUUAUCUUUUAUUUUACUUGUUUUUGUACAUUUUUCAAUAAAACUUCACGCGGCACUUGAUAUUAUCUAUCUACAACUACCGCAAAUAUUUGGACCUUCUAUCAUCUAAAGAUCCAGAGAUAUUUGACAUCAAAGUUAGAAACCUAGUAUUCGGAAAAUCGCAAAAACAUAAAACACUAAUAGGCUAUAAAGCUAUAGGUACACGGUAAGUUGAGUGCAGAUGUUUAAAAAACAAAUAAUUUUGUAACCAUGGAUAUUUUAAAACUUUAAAAGGGUAAACCCUGUAGUUGGCUGUAUACCUUUGUUAAGACAACGUAGAAUGAAGUAAACACUUCUGUUGUAUGUAGGUAUAUAAUUUAUUAAAAAAUUCUUAAAAUUUAUCCACAAGGGAGUGGAAGUACAACAAAACGUUUUCGGUCAAACUGACCAUCCUCAGUGUAAACCUGGAAAUAAGUGAACCACUUAGAUUGAAAUGCAAAAGGGUGAAAUUUUGACAGUUAAAAAAAGAAAAUGUGGUUACUUACGUCCAGUGUACAAGUAAUUGAAGUAUUAUUACAGCUUAUUAACCUUUAUUUACAACUUAGAAUUCAUAACAAACAUUUUUAAUAGUGGCAUAUUCCCAAUUUAAUAAUUAAGUUAAAUAUUAAUUCACUCUGUCAAAUUUUCCGGUUGACAUUUGAGAAAUCCACCUAUCUUCUUUGACAUCUUGUCAUGAAUUUUCAGGCACCAAUAUGUCUAAUCAGUUGGUUGUUAACCUCUCACCUGAUCACAACCUUGUGUAAAUUCCGAGCAAGGAUGACAUACAUCCACAUGUGAUAUAUUUUUAAUCUUAAGACAUCGACUUAUUGUCGAUUACUACACAGCUCAUAAUGUAGCAAUAAUGUUAUUUUGAGGUUUUACACCUGUUCAAGUGGCUAGUUUCAAUUACUUGUACACUGGACGUAAGUAACCACAUUUUCUUUUUUUAACUGUCAAAAUUUCACCCUUUUGCAUUUCAAUCUAAGUGGUUCACUUAUUUCCAGGUUUACACUGAGGAUGGUCGGUUUGACCGAAAACGUUUUGUUGUACUUCCACUCCCUUGUGGAUAAAUUUUAAGAAUUUUUUAAUAAAUUAUAUACCUACAUACAACAGAAGUGUUUACUUCAUUCUACGUUGUCAUGGAUAUUUUCUACUAUAAUGUGUUAUAUAUCGUUAGAAAGAGAAGAUUUCAGAGAAUAAUUUUCAAUCAUAACCCAAAAGAACUUAAAAAAUUCAAUUUUCGGACUUUGGCUGCCCUUAACAGGUCUUGUAGGCAUAGGAUUAAAAUGUGUACAUUUCUAAUUACAUUUUAUUUUAAUCUUAAA